GUUUUUUGCUGGUCCUCAAUCUUGAAAGUGUAGGCUUCUCCAUCGUGUCCGGCUGCGUUUGCCGUCGACCGUCGUUUUCUGCCCGUAACCGAAGAGGGGCGGUAACAGAGGCUCCUCUCCAGGACGUAGCGGCGCCGCCCUAGAAGGCCUGCUUCUUGCGACCGCAUGCAUCUGGAACUUUGCAAAGACAUUUCACCCGCUUUUUUCUUUUCUUUCUCGACUCCAGCGUCGCCUGUGGAGGGGUGCGAAAACCAUGUGCUCGAGGCUUUCCCAGGCUUUUCCUCCUUCCCGAAAUAGUCUUGGCACGGUCCCGUGGAAAGGCACGGACCGCGGACGCGGGACCCAGCUUGGGAGGGCGACCGCGGCGUUUCCAAAUUCUUUUCUUCCAUUUGCUUUGUUUUUUCUGGAGACACGCUUGAAACCCCGCUCGACCUCCACGCGGUUCCGGCGUACGUCCUGCGAAACGCAGUCCACAAAUCAAAUUUGGCGCAUACUCCCCUCGGGUUGGUGAAAGAACCACUGAGUUUAAGACGGGAAUAUGAUUUUCGUUUCUCCUUGUGCAGGUCUUGCUUCACGUCAACAAGACUGUCGGCAGCGCCCGGGCCUCCUUCCUUGCAAAAUGGGUGCGCCGACGUCGAGCAGUUGAUCGUGUGGCCGCGAACGUUUCUCAGUCGCCGGGUCGCCGCCAAAGACUUUUAUCGGCAGGCGGGCAAGGCGAAUCUCGUGCCUCUGGGCGUUUGCAAGGGAAGGUUCGCACGUCUACGAGUCCGUUAGGUUUCGAAGGCAACUUCAGGCUCGGCUCUGGGGAAAAGGUCGCGAAACUGUUGCGGGGAAGCGCCUCGCGCACAUGGAACGAAGCGUCGACCCAGCAGCCGCCGUCUUCUUGGCAUCUCGCAGGCAAAGAGUACAGUCGAGUGCAAACAAGCAGCCGGUCUCUUCGCGGGCAAAAUAUAUGGCAGAGGACGUUGUCUCCCGACCUGCACCGUCCUGUCUGGAACUCUCAACAGAGCGCUGAAAGUUGCGUAAGCGGAUGCAUGCAACCAGAAAAAACGGAGAGCCGGCAACGGAACGCCUCUCUCGUUCGCUGAACCGCACACCUUCCCUUCUUCUCAGUUUCCAAGCUUUCUCGCGCUUCUCACCGUCACUGCGUUUCGGAGUUCCCUGAGGCUAGCCCCGCAACAGGGGAAACCCCCAGCAGCGCCAUGGUCCUCACGUAGCUACACACUCCGCAGAAACAAAGCCUUUCUGUGUCUGAACCAGACGCAAGGUCUCCACUGUUGUCGAGUCUGUUCCGCGAGAUUGUCUUGAGUGCGUCAGCCCUGCUGGACGGCCAGGCGAGCGCCUCUCUUGGCGCCAGUGCAAAGGGCACUCUCAAAGCGGUGCAGCGAUAUAUGAACUGCAUGCGGCUAUGUGCGCGUAGGAAUGCGCAAGGCCACGGGCGUCAAACAGCACCUCGCUUCUCUCAUGGUUUUUCGCAGUCUUCCCAAAGCAGAAAAAAAAACCUCAGCUGGAGAUCCCUCCCCCUUCCCGCCCGCCGGUCUCGGGGUGGCUGCGGUUGACGCGUUCCGAGGUCGCCGUUGUCUGCGCAGGCGACUUCUGACGAAGUGCGUGGCGUACGCUUUUUCUGGUUUUCCUGGAUUCGUCUUCUCUCCUCGGAAUUUCUUUUCAAGCAUGGAGACCUCGUUGCCUCCCGGCGCCGCCGAAGUCCGCGCGUCCUUCGGGGCCGCCAUCGAGCCAGUCCCCACCCCGUCCUCGGCAUUCGCCGCGAUGCCCAGCGCCCGACCGGCGCGUACGCUGGAGGAAGGCGAGACUGGGCAACAGACCUGGCGCCGUACCUCGCGGUCACACCUCGCGGAGAACUUUGCGCUGGCGGCUGUGCGCCGCUACGAGGACUGCCGUUACGAAAAGGAGAAUAGAUCACACGCUUCAGACCGACUGGACCGUUCUUCGGCCUCCACCUCGGUGGUCUCCACGCCGACGACCGUCGAGACUCACCUCGUGCUCGGGGUGUUGGAGCCGAGUCCAGUCUCUCCUUCGGUCCCAGUGCUCUCUUUCGGCGGCGGCGGAGUAGUAGGUCACUCGGGCCUGCGAUCUGCUGCAAACAGUCAAGUCAGCGACUUGUAUCCUGCGUCUGAGUCGAACGCGGUUCCCCGGAGACACGAGGCGCGCCGCUUUGCAGGAGACACCUCUGGCGAUGACACUCCCCGUGGAGCCCGAGGGGGGACGUCCUCGGCGCCGGCGACGACUCCGCGCCUCCCUCCGGCGUUCGCGAAGGCCCGCAAGAGCCCAAUAGAUCCCCCGGCUAGCUCCGGGGCUCCGCGCGACCGCACGCAGCGCAGCCGCAGCUCGCUGGCCAAGCUCGCGAGCGACUCGGCGGGUGAGCGAGUCGCGGGGGCCUCAUCGGGCCAAUCGACCCAGGACGGGCUCCAGAGCCGCCGGGGAGGCUCCGGGUGGUACUCCAUGACCCAGAGUUUGCCGUUGACCCUGUCGAUCAAGAAGCUGUUUAGUCGGCGCCUCCGGAAAGAGGACGAGCACGGAGUCUUUGAGGCGCCUGAAGGUGGGGCGACCGGCGACGAGGCGAAAGCGAUGAGCGAGGUGACCUCCGCGGAGACGGCGAGCAAAGUGAGUGAGAAGAGCCGCACGGAUGGUGCGUACUCGAACACACUCGGCAGAGGCUUCACCAGGUGGCGGAAGCGGCCGUCCGCGCACCUGAUUCUCCGGGGGUUCUACAAGACGCGAACUCGGAAGGCGGGGGACCGGUUCGCGAGCUUGCCGCCCCAGGCGGGGCCAGAGGGGCGCAUUUGCGCGGGGCGCGAGGCCGCGGCGGCGCGUGCGCCGGAGACGCGAGGCGCGAACGUCGAGGCGACGAAUUUGCGCCCCAGCGAGGAAGUGGAGAUCGAGGAGGACGGGAGAGACUUUUCGGUCUCCAGCUCUCGCCAGACGAGUUUUCUGGAACCGCCGCCUCAUGCACAGACCGACUCGAACGUCGAAAGAUGCGACCGCGAGGAGACGCCGGUUCUCCGGAACGUCGAGGUCGAAGAGAGUCUUGGCGACUGGGCCAGGCAAAGCGCGAAAGCCGCGGUGGCAGUCGGUCUCGAGCCCGAAGGCACCUUCGACCUCUCGAAGGUCGGAGUGUUCCCGGAUGUGCUUGAGGACGAGGACGGCGAAGGCAGCCGGGUGGUCAGUGUCGCGCAGCUCGCCGAAGAAGCAGGUCCUUCUGCGACUGAGGAGACGCGCACAACGGUGGAGGCGAAAGGCGAGAAGCAGAGACGCGUACCGAAGGUGGAGGUGAAGGCAGAAUCGGGACGGGGAGGCGCAGAGAAAGGGGACAAGUGUCCAAAGGCAAAGGUCGCGGAGAAGGCAAUGGCCACUCAGGAGGGCCCUCGAAACGAGAAACCCACAGGAGCAACCAGAAAACUGCGACCCUCAAAGGGAGCGGGUCGAAAAGUCGAAAAGUUUUCUAAGCGAACAAUCCAUCGAUUAAUCAUGAAACAGUUCAGAGUCACCAGCCUUGAUGCCUCCGAUCUCCGCCUCGUCCUUCGAUACAAGUCGGUCUAUCUUGACGACGUCAAAGGCCUUCUCGAGGUGGAUCGACUCCCUGGGUUCUCAGGGCACGUGCACACGGCACCGACAGACAAGAAUAGCUGGUUGAAUCGACCUCGGUGGAGCGCGCGUUUCUUCGUCAUGCACCACGGCCAUUGGUUUUGGUUCCGCGAUGAGAGGUCUUUCCGGACUGGGGGCCUGAAUGCCUGUCUGGGCUCUAUUUCUCUGCUUCUCUAUCCAUUCACCAUCGACCUCCAUCCAAAGUACACGACGCGAUUCUGCGUGAGAUUCGGAGACUGGUAUGCGGUGCAAAUCGACACAAGCAUCGAGAAGAAGGACAGAGGCGAGUGGGCGGUUCUCUUCCUCGCGGCGGGGAAUCUGGGCGAACAAAUUCGAAUGUGUUUCCUCGGCAUCGACUGGCAGGAAGUGCAAGAUCGCGGGCGUCUAGCAGCGAAGCAAAAUUGUCUGGCGCCAUGAGUUUUUCGCCAGGCGGUUUCCUUGCAAGUCGAGGAUAGGACCCCUGUUCUUUUUCCGGUUUCCUCUCUCGCUGACGUCUUCAGAACGCAUUUGCUCAGAUCCUCGCUCUCGUCUUUUCUGUCUCCUUGUAGGGCA